AUGUAAUCCAGAGUUGAAGAAACGAGAAGAGAUGUAGCUUAAAAAACACGUCUUCGGGACUCAAAUUAGGCUACGUAGAGGCAUGGAAAGAUAGCAGAAUUUUGUAUAUUAAUCCCACAGAUGGGGUCUCAUAUUUUGGACAUUCUGCGUCAAGGAAUUUGGGCUUCCUUGACGGGGGGUUGGUUUUACGAUCCCCAUCAAGGCAUAUUUUGUAACACAUUUCAUCUCUAUUUAUGGAUGUUUCUAUUGGCCUUCCCUCUAAUUAUAUAUCUUACAUUGGAACCGACUGUAGGCAUAUGGGCGAUAUAUUGUGGUGUUUUAGCUGUUUUAUUCUCAGUGUUAAAGUUCAUCAACUUUCACCUUCAUCAUAUGUACGAUACAGGGGAGGUAAUCGAAGACGAUGUGAAAUCAGAAACACCGGCUAGUAAAGGUGGAUCAACCGAGAACACCAAUAAAACUAUAGAAAUUUGCAAUGAAAAUGAAGUCCCUGAAAAUAUUGAAAUGGUUUCAAUCAGUCGUGCAAGGGAGACAACCCCAGCAGAGACUGAAUCUAAAUUGGAGAUUAUUUCAGAGACAGAAACACACAACACUUCUGAAUCAAAACCUUUAAAGGUAAAACAGUGGGAUACAGGAAUAGCACCAUUGGCUGUUAUAGAAGAUGAUUUGACUGGUGAAAGUCCUGGUGGUAAAAAUUCUACGGGUAGUACAACAAGUAGUGUAGACGAAUCAAAUCCCAACUCCUCCAAAAAUUUAAGGUCAGAAGUUCCUCAUCCAAUAACGACGCAAGUUGAAGUUGAAAUUAAUCCCCAGAUACCAAAAGAUACACAGAACGAGACAAAGAGAUUACGAGAGGAAAGUGAUUCCGACCUCUCUCCCGAUUAUCUUCCCAAAUUACGUCUGAGACGUGAAAGAAGGGCUGUGCGAAGAUCAAAAAGUGCUUUGGAGCCGUGUACAGUGGCUCACAUACCGAUAGACAAUAAACCAGCGUCCCGGAUGUCAUUACCUCCCUUGAAUAGAGUUGCUGUGUCUGUUGUUCAGAAGAGUCCGGUUGAUAAUCAAAACAUUUCACCCAAAAGUAAAAAUAAGAAAGAAAAAGUGGUAAAACGAUUUGAACACGACGGCGUCAUACGAUUACGAAAUCGGACGCAAAGUUCGAAAUCUGUUGACGCCAUAAAACCACGUACAGGAAAGGGGAAACAGGAUGGAUGGACAGAUCAAAGUUCACGAACAACAUCGGCGAGUAAUAGUCCUCAUGUUUCACGACCAGGAUCGUUGAUUUUAUCCGUGGAUGGAAACAAGUUUAUUUCCCAUUCGUCAUCCCAUUCCAGUAUAAGUGAUUCGUCGGAGUUGAGUGUCGGAGAAGUCAUGUUCCGCAGUCAGAAAUCGCGUUCUCGUCCGGGCAGCGGAGGCACAACCAGCUCCGGACAAACAUUGACGGAGAAUAUGGUGGCUGGUAAAAAAGUUCGGAACAAGGAAAUCAUGGGACUUUUUAAAGUAUCGCGGUAUCUACAAGAUGAGCGUAAGAGGGAGUCGGGUGUUCCAGGGGGCAGUACAGGAGGUGGGUCAGAUAACGAUAUAACUGAACCUGGGAGUAAUACAGGUAUCUAAUACACCACAAACAUAAUUCUAAGGUCAAAGGGCAAGUUGAGUCGCAGAGAAUCUUGUUCCAUGAUUUAAAAUCAUGGGAUGAUCUGUCUUCA